AUGGAGAGCACCCCUUCCAGGGGUGGACUGAAUCGAGUACACCUACAAUGCAGGAAUUUGCAGGAAUUCCUAGGAGGCCUGAGCCCUGGAGUAUUAGAUCGAUUGUAUGGGCACCCUGCCACCUGCCUGGCUGUCUUCAGGGAGCUCCCAUCUUUGGCUAAGAAUUGGGUGAUGCGGAUGCUCUUUCUGGAACAGCCUUUGCCACAAGCUGCUGUAGCCCUGUGGGUGAAGAAGGAAUUCAGCAAAGCUCAGGAGGAAAGCACGGGGUUGCUGAGCGGCCUCCGUAUCUGGCACACCCAGCUGCUCCCUGGUGGUCUCCAGGGCCUCAUCCUCAACCCCAUCUUCCGCCAAAACCUCCGCAUUGCCCUUCUGGGUGGGGGCAAGGCCUGGUCUGAUGACACAAGUCAGCUGGGACCAGACAAGCAUGCCCGGGACGUCCCCUCACUUGACAAGUACGCCGAGGAGCGAUGGGAGGUGGUCCUUCACUUCAUGGUGGGAUCCCCCAGUGCAGCCGUCAGCCAGGACUUGGCUCAGCUCCUCAGCCAGGCUGGGCUCAUGAAGAGUGCUGAACCUGGAGAGCCGCCCUGCAUUACCUCUGCUGGCUUCCAGUUCCUGUUGCUGGACACCCCAGCCCAGCUAUGGUACUUUAUGUUGCAGUAUCUGCAGACAGCCCAGAGUCGGGGCAUGGACCUAGUGGAGAUUCUCUCCUUCCUCUUCCAGCUCAGCUUCUCCACUCUAGGCAAGGAUUACUCUGUGGAAGGUAUGAGUGAUUCUCUGUUGAACUUCCUGCAACAUCUGCGUGAGUUUGGGCUUGUUUUCCAGAGGAAGAGGAAAUCUCGGCGUUACUACCCCACACGCCUGGCCAUCAAUCUCUCAUCAGGUGUUUCUGGGGCUGGGGGCACCGCACAUCAGCCAGGCUUCAUUGUUGUGGAAACCAAUUACCGACUGUAUGCCUACACGGAGUCGGAGCUGCAGAUCGCCCUCAUUGCCCUUUUCUCUGAGAUGCUCUAUCGCUUCCCCAACAUGGUGGUGGCACAGGUGACCCGGGAGAGUGUGCAGCAGGCCAUUGCCAGUGGCAUCACAGCCCAGCAGAUCAUCCAUUUCCUAAGGACAAGGGCCCACCCAGUGAUGCUUAAACAGACACCGGUGCUGCCUCCCACCAUCACGGACCAGAUUCGGCUCUGGGAGCUGGAAAGGGACAGGCUCCGGUUCACCGAAGGCGUCCUGUAUAACCAGUUCCUGUCACAAGUGGACUUUGAGUUGCUGCUGGCCCACGCGCGGGAGCUGGGCGUCCUGGUGUUCGAGAACUCGGCCAAGCGGCUCAUGGUGGUGACCCCGGCCGGGCACAGCGACGUCAAGCGCUUCUGGAAGCGGCAGAAGCACAACUCCUGA